CCCUAAGGACAAACCGACGUCAAUGGUUAACCCAGGUUCUUGCUGUCCAGGUCUUUUCUUUCCUGUAUUAUUAACUAAAGAACAUUCUUCCCACUGCCCAGCUGAGAACACCCAGCUCAUAGAUUCUCUAGGGGGAAAGUGAAUAGAGGUUGUGGCCCAAAACUCGGAUUUUUAUCUAAUACCACGCCUCGCCCUACUCCCACCGCACAGCUCCCUGAAUGCCCUAGGAGCGAGCAAGAAUGAGCUACUACGGCAGCAGCUACCGGAUUGUGAACGUGGACCCCAAAUACCCAGGCUACCCCCCAGAACACAUACUCGCUGAGAAGCGAAGAGUAAGGCGACGCCUGCUUCACAAGGACGGCAGCUGCAAUGUCUACUUCAAGCACAUUUUCGGAGAGUGGGGGAGUUACGUGGUUGACAUUUUCACCACUCUUGUGGACACCAAGUGGCGCCAUAUGUUUGUGAUCUUUUCUUUAUCGUACAUUCUCUCCUGGUUGAUUUUUGGCUCCGUCUUUUGGCUCAUAGCCUUUCAUCACGGAGACCUGUUAAACGACCCGGACAUCCCACCUUGUGUGGACAACGUGCACUCAUUCACGUCGGCCUUUCUCUUCUCCCUUGAGACCCAGACCACCAUCGGGUAUGGCUACCGUUGUGUCACCGAAGAGUGCUCCGUGGCAGUGCUGAUGGUGGUCCUUCAGUCCAUUCUGAGUUGUAUCAUAAACACCUUCAUCAUCGGGGCAGCUCUGGCUAAGAUGGCUACAGCACGGAAGAGAGCCCAGACCAUCCGUUUUAGCUACUUUGCCCUCAUAGGCAUGAGAGACGGGAAGCUUUGUCUCAUGUGGCGUAUUGGUGACUUCCGACCAAACCAUGUGGUCGAAGGGACGGUUAGAGCUCAACUUCUUCGCUACACGGAAGACAGUGAAGGGAAGAUGACAAUGGCGUUUAAAGACCUCAAGUUAGUCAAUGACCAGAUAAUUUUGGUGACACCAGUGACUAUCGUGCAUGAAAUUGACCACGAGAGUCCUCUGUAUGCCCUGGAUCGCAAAGCCGUGGCCAAAGAUAAUUUUGAGAUUUUGGUAACAUUUAUCUAUACUGGUGAUUCCACUGGGACAUCGCACCAAUCUAGAAGUUCCUAUGUGCCCAGAGAGAUUCUCUGGGGCCACAGGUUUAACGAUGUCUUGGAAGUAAAGAGAAAGUACUACAAAGUUAACUGCUUGCAGUUUGAAGGAAGCGUGGAGGUAUAUGCCCCCUUUUGCAGUGCAAAACAGCUGGACUGGAAAGACCAGCAGCUUCACAAUAUGGAGAAAGCCUCACCAGUCCGAGAGUCCUACACAUCAGACACCAGCGCCAGGCGAAGGUCCUUUAGUGCAGUUGCCAUUGUCAGCAGCUGUGAAAACCCUGAGGAGAACGCCACUUCAGUCACAGAUGUGUGUAAGGAUCCACCGUACCAGAAGGCUUUCCUGACUUUGAAUAGAAUUUCUAUGGAAUCCCAGAUGUAGCUGCGCAUCGAGGAGGCCUAGUACCUUCUCUUUGCACCUUCCAGCCAAUCAUCUGAAGGCGAGUAGUUGAAAAUAUAACUUCUAAAAUUAAAAUACACUUCAUGGUGAAUGUAGCCAGUAGCGUAGCUUCAACUUGGUAAAGGAUAAUCUGAAUUUCCAUUUUUUGUAUAAUUAAAAAUUUUGCUGGCACAUUUUGUGUUAGGAGUACUACUAAGGAGUCUAAUUGAUUAAGCUUCCUCUUUUAUUAGCUUAUUGACUAGUGUCUUCCAUUAGCAAUGAGAUAUUCAGUAAUGAGAGGCAAAGGCAUGAUGCUGGAAUUAAAAAAAUAAUAGGAAAUCUGAUAAGCUAGGAAAAGUGAUGUUUUAUGAUCUGUAAAAAUGGAAAAUAGAAAGUGAUUUCUUAUUACACAAAAAAUCUAACCAAAAUGUGCAAGCUUUACAUCCAGCACAGGAACACUGAGACACACAAAGGUGACACCAAUUGGUUGUCCGAGUUACUACAGUGGCCUCUAGAAGUUCUUUGGUGUUAGCAAACACAGGUAGUGGCUAUAAACCUAAUAGUCCGUCCCACCAAUUCAGAGAUUUCUACCACUCCUAAUUGUUCUGGUAAUAUCUAAUGUUUAAUCAGUGCUAGAAGCAAUUCUUUUUGCUAACUCAUGGCAGA